AUGUUGCUGCGACAGGCGCUUCGAAAUAACUAUGCGCUUCGAUCGCAGCUGCCACGCUCGCUCGAGACGACGAGUCUGAGAACGAGCGGUGCACCGACAGCAACUCAGCCGACAUGGCCAAGGUUCUCUUCAAGCGAGGCAGCAUCGAACGAGCAGGAUCCAGAAGCGCUGCUGCUCGCCAAUGUCAAGUCUGGCAUCAAGGAGGCCAUGAAAGCGAAAGACUCGCUCACUUCAACGGUGCUUCGCUCGAUUGUCUCCGAACACCAGUACUCGUCCAAGCAAAAGGGAAACCAGGUCUCGAAAGUGUCCAAAUUGAUCACAAAGGCUAUCAAGAGGAGGCACGAGACAGCAAAGCAGUUCCGUGCUGCCAAACCACCUAGAGAGGAUCUGGCGGAACAGGAGGAGAAGGAGGCGGCUGUCUUGCAAAAGUUUCUUCCGGAGGCAAGUUGA